CUCGUCAAUAAGCUCGUCAUGGCGCUCUUCCGGUCCCUCGCUCGCCAGUUUAAGACUAUUUCCGUUGCACAGCCCGCCGUCGCCCAAGCGCCGCGCUUCGCUGCCGUAAUUUCGGCUCCUAGCGCUUCCUCAAUGGUUACAUCCACGUUGGCCAUGCGUACCGCUGUCGCCUUUCCUCAGCUGCAGGUGCGUGCCAUGGGCUACAAGCUCAAGACUAAGGCUGCGGUUAAGAAACGCUUCAAAGUCAACUGCAACGGGCUCGUCAAGCGCGCGCAGGCCAACAAGCGCCACAUUGCCACCAAGAAGACUCGUGAGCGCAUUCGUCGACUCGGCAAGCCUGUGUUCGUGCAGGGACAGAUCCGCAAGAACGUGCUCCGGAUGCUUGGCAAGAAGUAAUCCUCAUACUUAAUGAGCUUCAUUGAUGACUUGCUAGAAGGCAACAGCAUUGCAGCUGUAGAUAGACAACACUUCAAAUGUGAAGGCUGGACACGACAGAAAUAUGGAGUUGGCACAGA